CGCGCGCUGAAUCUGAGUUAAAGGGUUCAACUUCGCAUUUGACUCAAUCCUAAAUCCUUAUUAUUGGGCUGCGACCCACUUGGAUAACGCCAAUGUUCAUGAAUGAUAUUAAUAUACUUAUCAAUAUUAUUACUGCACAUCAAUAAAGGCAUUGUGGACUUGUCAGUGGCGGACGGCAUCUGCAUUUGCGGCACCAACGGUCAGGGUCACACUAGUACUGUAUACUGUGUGGCCUUUCCACACACACAUUAUCUCAGACACUACGGCGCAACAUCUCAGGUUAAUAGUAGAAUAAUAAUACCAGGUUCCAAGGCGCUGGGAGCAGAUGGAGUCGCACGCAGCCAAUCAGGGACUAGUCUUCGCCUGAGCUUCCUUUGUCGGUUCGAUGCCCGGCUGUCGGCGCCAGAGCAGGUCGCCCGAUUGGCUCCUGCGCACGGCGAGGGCCCACUGGUGACUCACUAUGCCGCAGACAGUAAUUCUACGGCACGCCUUUUGCUCUCCUUUGCGCCGACCUGUCACUUCGACGUAUCGCUGUAUCAGUCUGGAGUACGUCCACCCCAGAAUGCUCACGGCAACUGGGACAAGAAGGAUGUCGGCAGUAGCACUUGCUCAAAAGCUACAUAACUACAUGCUGUGACUGCUGUAGACUCCAGCCGAGCCCCACCAUCCGCAUCGGCUGCGAGGUCGGGGUUUGCCUGAAGCAGGC